UUCAAGGAACAAAUAAGAUUUUAAUCUUUUUUAGCAGAUUAAUAAAAAAAUGAUUAGAUUUGUUCAUGUUCUCCUUUUUUUUUUUUUUUCUCUCUAUUUUAGGAAUUCUGUCUGUAAGCCGAUUUAGACCACUACAAUAUCUUUAUGCGGCGAAAGAUAACAAUGUUUCACGUGGCAUACCAUAAUUGGCUACUGACCAAUCCUUUUGUGUACACUUUGACACCAUUAUUCAAUAACACAAUCAGAUCAGAUCUUUGUUGUCGGAUCGAAGAUUGAAACAGAAGCAUUGAAUAUAGGGUUUCGGUUUACGAAUCAGUGGUUUCUCUCGAAAUCAAAAUUAAAUGGAUUCUUUCGAGAGUACUAAUUGGGAUCUAAUCGAUUACAGCAGUCUCAUCAACGAUGUCGCAUCCACCGAUCUUUAUUGGGGUGACCAGAGCGCUGCAAUCCCCGUUGAUGCUCCACUUGCUAGCCUUGCACCAUUAGAUGAGUGUGCUGAAAAAGAAUGCUCAAGAAAGAGGGGAAGAAGUAAUUCGUGCAGCAGGGCAGAGAAUAAAGCAUGCCGUGAGAGGCAAAGGAGGGAGAAACUGAACGACAGGUUUUUAGAAUUGAGCUCUACUUUAGAACCUGGGAGACCUGUCACCAAUGAUAAAUUAGCAAUACUUGGAGAUGCAAUCCGAGUUUUGAAUCAACUAAAAUCUGAAUCUCAGGAAUGCAAAGAGAUGAAUGAGAAAUUAUUGGAAGAGAUUAAAACAUUGAAGGCAGAAAAGAAUGAACUUCGUGAAGAGAAACUUGUUUUAAAGGCGGAAAAAGCAAAAAUGGAACAACAGGUCAAAGCGUUGACCAAUCAUACACCUCAUGGAUUCAUGACACCUCAUCCAGCAAGCAAGUUGCCUGUUUUUCCAGGCUAUGGCUACAUUCCAAUGUGGCAGUAUUUACCACAAUCUGCACAAGAUACAUCUCAUGAUCAUGAGCUCAGGCCACCUGCUGCUUAAUUUGGUCACACUGACUGGACUGAACUGGAUUGGACUGGAUAAAGGUAUUUCAGAUUAUGAGGAUGAGAAGGGCAUUUACGUCUUUUGCACAAGUGAAAGAUUGAGAGUGAAACCGUGUCUCGUCUUCUUAAAAGAAUUGCAAAUUUUGGGUUGAAAAAUUGUUGUCUUAUUGUACUUUGUAAAUACUAGUGCUUUAUUGCAGUUUGCAUUUUCUUAUUAUUAGAGACAAGUAGGGUUUAAUGUAGGAGGAAUUUAUUUAUAUUGGAUAGAAAUAAAUAAAUAAAUAAAUAACCUUCAUUGUUUUAUACUUGUAGCUCUUGAAAUGAUUAACUCUCUUCAUGAAUUGUUGUCUACGUAUGCUUUCUAAGGUAUCAUUGCAAGAAAGGAAUGCUACUUAAAUUUCAUCUUGGAAAAUGUUAGUAGGUGCCAAAAUAGUCUUAAGCUAGUGAUAAGAUCAUUGCAUUGAACAAACCACAAUGCAAGUAUCAUAUCGUUAGUUUAAGACUAAUCAUAUAGUUUCUUGUUUAGAAGAAGGAAGAACAAGGAAGGAAAAAGAAAAUCCUAGAGAUUCAAACAUGGGGGAUCCGAAUGUCCCUAAUGGGGAAGGAGGAAUCAUAGGCUCUUUAGGAUCCGAAUCAUAAUAAAGAGCAAACGAAUCAUUGAUUUGAUUAUAAUUCAAAUGACAACAAAGGAAAUAUGAACUUGAAAUCAAACAGCGAAAGCGUAUAGAUAUACAUUUGCAG